AUGUACGAUCGGGGAACGAUGCAGAGGUCUGCUAGCUACAGUUACCCAGCUUACCCAGUACCCGCACCACAAAAGCAGUAUCCAACAGCACACAGUACGAGCAGCGCUUUCAGCGCGAGUGCCAAUCCCAACGAGGACUGGACCAAGAUCUCAGAUCUAGCGGAGCGCAGAAGGAUACAGAACAGGAUCGCUCAGCGCAACUACCGCAAGAAGCUGAAGAAGCGUCUUGAGGACCUAGAGAGGAGAGCUGGCUCGAGCUCAGCAUCGCCAGAGCAGGUGCACGAGGAGCUUGCCCAACUAGAAGCGGCCACCUCUGAUCAAGCUUCCUCAACGACAACAUCGAGGCUGCGAGCGAACAGCAGCCAUAUUGGGCGGGAGCGAACGCCGGAGACGCUGAACCAGCAUUAUCAGCUUCCAACAGAGUCGAUGUUCUCGACUACAUACACGCGGCAGAUGUCCACAUCGCCUCCUCCCUUUCAGUUUGGCGGAAUCACUGCAACCGCAGGCUACGCCAGCUACGACCCACCAGUAACGUAUUGCAGCAUGCCAGUCACCACUAUAGACAUGCCGACAUACUCGCACUAUAUGUCUGCGAUGCCACAGCAAUCGUAUCUACCAAACAUGGCUCGACCGCACGUCAAGCAGGAGAACGAAUACUAUAGCGAGCACUUUGCUGAUGACGAAUCCCCUUUCUCGACAAGCUAUGGAAUGCUUACAGGCGUGGACACUGCUGCUGAGUAUCCAUAUGUGAGUACUACCAGACCUCAACCUCCUCCCUUCAGUCGAAGCUACAGCGCACCGACAUGGCCAACGAACUCUGGCUGA